AGUAUCAAGAUGGCGGUCUGAACUGUUAGUAAGCCUGGAACAGUUUCAUGUUUGUUACUAACUCCAAACUAAUGUUUCGUCUGAACAACCAGAUAAAAAUAACUAUUUCAAAGCAAUUUUUGGGUACUUCGCGAAAUUUGUUUCAUCCAGUCCGAGAGAAAAUGUCUGACAAUGCCGUGGAAAUACUGGACUCGCCCGAGUUCAAAAGCGUUCUCUCUCCAGAAUUGCACUCUGUUGCCGCACCAUUCCUACAGAAUGGAUACGAUGUAAGAAUAGUUGGUGGAGCAGUGCGCGACAUUCUUUUGGGAUUGCAACCGAAGGACGUUGACCUUGGAACAAAUGCUACUCCGGAGAAGAUGAUUCAGCUGUUCAAACAACACAAUAUACACUUCAUUGAGACCGGCCUAAACCACGGCACCAUCACGGCUCAUGUUAACAAGCAAGACUUUGAAGUCACGACUUUGCGGAUUGAUGCUGAAACUGAUGGCAGACAUGCAAAAGUAGAAUUUACCCAGAACUGGAAAUUAGAUGCAGAGAGGCGUGACCUUACUUUCAAUGCCAUGAGUUUGGGACUAGACGGAAGUUUGUAUGACUAUUUUGGCGGAAAGGAAGAUCUGUCCAACCGUCGUGUCAGAUUCGUAGGUGAUCCAGAGUUGCGAAUAAAGGAGGAUUACCUUCGAAUUCUGAGAUACUUUCGUUUUUAUGGAAGAAUAGCUUCAGUAGAAGACAACCAUGACCAUUCAACAUUAAAUGUUAUACGGGAAUGCGCAGACGGAUUGAAGAAGAUUGCUGUUGAACGGAUUUGGAUGGAAGUUUCAAAAAUUUUGACUGGAAAUUACACACCAAGUAUUUUGCAUCAUAUGUAUGAGCUUAAUGUUUCUCAGUGCAUUGGCCUACCUACUUAUUCUAAAGAAAGCAUGCAGGAAUUGACUAGAGCAUGGAAGGAACAUAACAUCCAUCCACUUCAACCUGAAACUCUGCUCUGUUCCCUUGUCAACACUGCAGAGGAGGCUGAAAACCUUGCAAGGAAGUGGAAACUGUCUAAUGCAGAGAAAGCCUUGGGCAAAUUUGUAACUCAGCACAGGGAACCCAAGCCUCACGAGCAUGUUCUUAAGCCAUAUCAAGACAUAAUAGUGUCAGCACCUUAUAAGCAUGUAAGGAGUUUGAAUAAAAGUUAUGUUUUGGAAACACUGCACUAUCUGGGAAGACAUGAUCAUGCACAGGAAAUAAACACAUGGUGCAUUCCAGUGUUUCCUAUUACUGGUGGACACUUGAAGAAGUUGGGAGUCAAGCCUGGACCAGAAUUUGGAAAAAUGCUUGGAAAACUAAAGGAGAUCUGGAAAGAGAGUUAUUAUACUGUCAGUGAAGCAGAUUUACUAGAGAAGGCUAAAUCCCUUAUAGAGGGAUAAUUCCUGGUCACUUGUUCGUCAGUUAUUGAUCAUGAAUUAACAUCAGUUGUUGUACACAAUGAUGUUUAGGGACCUACAUCCAACCUUGAUCUUGCUCUGGUCCUGAAUAUUUUAUUAAUUUUUUUCUGGAGUUUCUGGUCAUGUAAACUGUUGUUUUAACUGAGAUAAUGAUUGAAAACCAAUGUGACUGAACACUAACAUUUUUGGUCUUUGCAAACUACAGACAAUGAAUUACUUUAAUGGAUCAAAGCAUUUUACUGGACCCAUGUCAAUAGCAGUUUUAUGACUGAAGUGGCUAUUUUAAAAUUUGUUUAUGAAUCCAGACUUGUAUAAUUGCCUCAAUGUUUGUGUGUUCAAUUUUCUUAAUGAUAAUAGAGAGAGAAUACAGGACAAAUUCACAUGAA